GCAGCAAGCAAGAAGAUGACCGAAAGGAAGGGCGGCGAGAGGAAGAAGGCGGUGGCCGGGUCCGUGAAGGCCGGGCUCCAAUUCCCCGUCGGGCGCAUCGGGCGCUACCUUAAGAAGGGCCGCUACGCGCGGCGCGUCGGCUCCGGCGCCCCCGUUUACCUCAUCGCCGUCCUCGAGUAUCUCGCCGCUGAGCUCCUGGAGCUCGUCGGCAACACGGCCAGGGACAACAAGAAGACACACAUCAUCCCGCGCCACCUGCUGCUCGCCGUCCGCAAUGACCAGGAGCUCGGCAGGUUGCUCGCCGGCGUCACCAUCGCCCACGGCGGCGUCAUCCCCAACAUCAACUCCGUGUUGCUCCCCAAGAAGUCCCCCGCCGCCGCCGAGAAGGAGGCCACCAAGGGAAGAAUCAGAUAG